CAUCCACUCCGCGCAUUUAUUAACCAGGGGGGCGAAGGCCAAAGCGCGUAGCCUCUCCCUAAUCCCCCAAUUCUCUCUCCCUCACCAUGAACGAUUCCGACUGCCUCCUCCCUUCCACCGCCACCGCCGUUCCCAAACGUCACCCUUCCGCCGCCGCCGGACGCUACAAGCUCUGGGCCCUCUCCGCCAUCCUCCUCCUCGCCCUCUGGUCCAUGCUCACCGGUAGCGUCACGCUCAAGCGCUCCGCCCUUCGCCGUAUCGACGACGACCUCGGCGGCCCGGCCCUCGACGACCUCGACAUCCUGGAGAUGGAGGAGAGGCAGAAGGUGGUGCGGCGCAUGUGGGACGUGUACCGAAGUACCGCCCGCCUCCCCAAGUUCUGGCAGCAGGCCUUCGAGGCGGCCUACCAGGAGCUCGCCGGCGACGACCCCGACUCGAGGGCCUCCGCCGUCGCAGAGAUUGCCAGGCUCUCGUUGCGGAUGGCUGACCUCCAUCUACUCCCACAGCACACCAAGAAUCCUGAACCAGAGAUCGAAGAAAAGGAUGCAGACGGCACGCCGAAAUCUAACUCGUCAUCGUCGUCAGUUAAAGCUCAAUGAUUGUGGUCGAUCAGAUUUCUUCUCCAUGACAACUGAUAGCAUAUAAAGGUAAAGGAAAGCUUGAGUAGGAGGAGGCUGCAAGAGCGGGGCAUUGUGUGUGUGUGACAGAACAAUGGAAGGAGAUCAGGGAACUUGUUAUUGUAUAGAACAUGUUGGAACUGGAUGUUAAAGUAAUUUCCUUUU